CCAGUGGUGCUCUCGUCGCCCUUGGAGCUGGAUACCCUCUUCUGUCCCCAAUCAAAUAUCACGCCCAAUACUAGCUACAUAGAUGAUGCACAGCCACGAAAUUCACUCCCCUAUCUACCUCGGAGCGAAGUGCUGGCUAGUCGUAACAACUCGGCAUGCAAGUCGAAUCGCCAAUUAGUGGGGUCGAGGACCAGGCCGCCAAGACCACUUUCUGAAGUUAUCGCCUCCCAUCUCCAAUUUGCGAUCGAUGUCCUCAAGGACACACCGCGGAUGAUGGUUCUUCGGAACCAGACUCCGUGGUGCCAUCCAUCUCUUUAUACAAACCACUUGCCAAGAGCAAUGCAAGAUGCCUACGCCUGCUGCUCCCUCUACAUGUCAAAAACCCAAAUUAACGCCCCUGUCAUCAUGUCACUUUUCGAAAAUAGAGUCAGAGAGCUCCUCGAAUUGCCAGAAACAAGAAAUACCCGCGAACUACUUGCUCGCACCCACGCGCUAAUCCUGUACCAAAUCAUGCGUCUAUUUGACAACGCCAUCUGCACUCAACCAAUAGCAGAAGCCCUAUUCACACACUUGGAAGCAUCGGUUAAUAUUCUUAUGAGAACGGUCUGUAUUCCAAAUCCAAAACAGCCGAUCGACCUUCUCCCCUCCUCACUGAACCCGAUCAUUGAAUUCUGGGAGUCAUGGGUCUUACAAGAGUCCAUUCGACGAACUGUCCUGUUGACAUAUUUCCUUAUGCGAGUUUAUAGAAUUCUGCAGGGCAUGGUCCCCGUUGAAUGUGAUAGCAAGCUUGGGAUGUGUGGGAAUCAUGCGUGGUAUCUGUCGGCUCAUUUGUGGACUGCGCCGAAUGCAUUCGACUUCGCAAUUGCAUGGGCGAGACGGGAUCACUUGAUUGUGUAUGAUCUUGACUUCACCCGGACUUUGACGAGUGCACAGCCUGAUGAUUUGGAUGUUUUUGGGAGAAUGCUGCUGGUGACAAUUCUAGGAUCUGAUAAGGCCAGAGCUUGGUUUCAUGUUCGCGGGGCCGUCUUAUGA